GCUUUGGAUUGACACAAAUCACGUAAUAAAGCGCUUUCUUGGUUUCCCUGCAAUACCACUUUAUUUUUUUUGUCUCCUCCAAACUUUGUGAACAAACAAACAUAUGUGUAAAGAUAUAGAUUCAAAAUUUCUAAACCUUCAGUACACAAGAAGAGGAAGUUGCUCAAAUUCUAGACCCCUCAUUUUCACUUGCUCUGUGGAAAAGGGGAUAUGAGUUUUGCUGCUGUGUUAAUACCCAUGUGGGUCUUAACCACCGCUCUGAUUGUAACCAUAAUUGAGGGCAGGCCAGACCCAACAGCUUCCACCACUUCUGGCCACAUUAUGCUACUUGAGGAACAACCCACUUCUCACUUUUCUGCAAAAAUGGAAGCUCAAUCUCCAGGAGUCCCUGAGGUUAGAGUAGUUCACCAUCAAGAUUUGAACAAGAGCAUUCUGAUAGCACUCAUUGUUGCUUCCACACUCCUUGUUGGAAUUCUUCUGUUCCUGUCAUGUUGUUGGAUAUAUAGACAGAAAAUGUCGAAACACUCUAAUGGGAAAAGGCAAAAGACAAACGAGGUUCCAAUAGGGACGCCAUUGAGUGCACUUAUGGUUGAAUUUAAUUCCUUGAUGUUGGGGAAUAGAAAGGGCUCGGUUGUUGUAUUCAAUUAUCAAUUGCUGGAAGCUGCAACAAACAAGUUCAGUGAAAGUAAUAUUUUGGGUGAGGGUAGUUCUGGACCUGUUUACAGGGCUAGUUUUGAUGGAAAAUUCAUUGCAGCUGUUAAGAAAGUAAACGGCAUAAGACAGGAGGCUGAAAGAGAAUUUGAGAAUGAGGUGAACUGGUUGGGAAAAAUUCGGCAUCAAAACAUCAUCAAACUUUUGGGUUACUGUGUUCAUGGAAAAACAAGGUUUCUUGUGUAUGAAAUGAUGCAGAAUGGCUCCUUACAAACUCAAUUGUAUGGACCCAGUCAUGGAUCAGCAUUGACAUGGCAUCUGCGGUUGAAAAUAGCUGUUGAUGUUGCCAGGGGAUUGGAAUAUCUUCAUGAGCACUGCAAUCCGCCUGCGGUGCAUAGAGACCUGAAGUCAUCUAACAUUCUUCUCGAUUCCAAUUUUAAUGCUAAGCUUUCAGAUUUUGGUCUUACUGUCACUUCGGGAUUGAAGAGUAAGGAGAACAUAAAGCUGUCAGGAAAUUUGGGCUGUGUAGCACCAGAAUAUAAUUUGGAUGGUAAGUUAACGGACAAAAGUGAUGUCUAUGCUUUCGGAGUAGUUCUCUUGGAGCUCUUGAUGGGAAGAAAGUUGGUGGAACAUAAAGCAGCAGAUGAAUCCCAAUCUAUUAUCACAUGGGCCAUGCCCCAGCUCACUGACAGAUCAAGGCUUCCAAACAUUGUGGAUCGCGUGAUAAAAGAUACCAUGGAUUUAAAACACUUAUACCAGGUUGCUGCUGUGGCAGUAUUAUGUGUGCAACCUGAACCAAGUUAUCGACCUUUGAUAACGGAUGUGCUGCACUCGCUAAUCCCUCUUGUACCUAUGGAUCUUGGAGGGUCGCUGAGAAUUGCAGACUGCAUACCCUCUGUUUGAGCCAAACCUUCCCACUGAUAACCUGUGCUGUAUGACUCGUACAUAAUCAAGGCCACAGAUGGUCACAUUUCUUAUUGGUGGACAGUGGUCUGAACUCUGAAGUGGUAGUUAGCACUUCUUGUGUUCUGCCCAUCCUUUUGCUGUAUCUUUUUCCUCAAAGGAUUCAGAUCAAGGAAAGUUUUGAUUGAAAGAAAUUUAUGCUCAGUGUUCCAUCUAUUUGUAAAUUGAACCAAAUUGAAUGUAGGAGUUUCAUAGAAAUGAGAGAAAUAUUUUGUUUUUGGGCUACCCCAGA